GGAGGACAGUGCCGGGUCGUGGGUCAGGAGCUGGUGACCUCCUGGAGGACAGUGCCGGGUCGUGGGUCAGGAGCUGGUGACCACCCGGAGGAGAGUGCCGGGUCGUGGGUCAGGAGCAGGGCACCAUGCGCCCAGGAGAGGUGUCUGGGUGUGUGGCGGUGGGCCGGGGUGCCCUAGUCCUUGUACAGCACCUCCUGGGCGGUGCCAAGUAACCUGCUUCUGCAUCACUGCCACAAUCACCAACAGGAACAUGGUCUGCAGGAACAAGUGAAUACGGGAGCAGAAAGUUGCUUUAAGCCUGAAAGGGGAAAGUGUAUUCAGGAGGACAAAGUGUUUUCAGGAAGAAAAAGAGGAAGUGUCUUCGGGAAGAAAAGAAAGAAGUGUCAGUACGGGGCGGAAAUAUGAACCCUGCCUGCCACAUAGGUCUUGUGAGGGCUUCGUGCCAGGCGCUACACACCCGCCACCAGCUGCUUCCACUAACCUGGUAGCCCAUACUCCUGGUAGCCCACACUCCUGGUAGCACACACUCCUGGUAGCCCACUCUCCAGGUAGCCCACACUCCUGGUAGCCCACCUACCUGAAGUCUCAUCUUCCACUCUGGUCUCAGCGCCCAUCCAGGUCACACAACAACAUAGAUACUCGAUCGAUCUGAGCGCCGUCACUCACCAGAGGACAAUACUACUACUUGCUCAUCCACCUCUGCUCCUUACACUACCUGCGCCUCCAUCUCAGAGAUGCUGAGUCUUGCCACGGUAUUGCUUCUCACUUCAGCGUUCACACAGCUUUACCAACAUGAAGAACCUCUCUAAACUCAUUUUUGUAGCAUUCUCAUCAAGCAUAUAUUCCGCUUUUCCUGUGCCAGCAGCAACAAUAAUAUCAAACACAAUCUAGCGCAUGAUAUUUAGCAAGUUGUUAUUGUCAAAAGAACAAUAUUAAAUCACAAGAGGAACCACUUUCCAAAUAGCCACAAAUAGAAGUCACUAGAUAAGGACAAACCGAAAGGUUGAUAUCACUAUGCAACAAUAUUGAUCAACUCGUUAAGUAACACACACGUGAACAGGUAACGGAAGCCAUCCUGGCUCACCCGGGCCGUCUCCUGCAGGACUCUGUGCUCGGUCACACAGCAUCUGGCUCUCUCUCUCUCAACGACCACUGCCCAAGAAACAUCCACGUCUCUGGCAAGGCUUGUGAUUACUCCACGGUCCCAACAUCGCCCGUCAAGACAUCCACGGUCCCAACAUCGCCCGUCAAGACAUCCACGGUCCCAACAUCGCCCGUCAAGACAUCCACGCCCUCAAGAGUGCCUAAAAAGACAUCAAUGGUUCCUGUAGCCCCCACGGAGACGUUGAUGCUUUUGCCAGCGGUUCUGACGACUUCUGAGUCACCACUGACACCCUCCGAGACGUCGACAUCAUUCUCAGCGCUCAGUUCCUGCAGCCAGCGGCCACAGCAGCAGCAGCAGGAGCAGCGGAAGGAGGAGCAGCAGCAGCAGCAGGCACCGCUGGCGUCCCCUACUCCUUCCGUGCAAGCGGGCGGCGUCCACAGCGUCACCAAUAUGUCUCGUCUAGCCAGCAUCCGCCUCACCUCCACAGACAGCGACUCCACCUCCCUCAGCGGCUACAGGAACUCUACUACCACCUCUCAGGACUACAUCGACUCGGAUGUGACAAUGUCCCCGCUGAGUCCCAAAAGCCCCUUCAGUCCCAAGAGUCCCAAAAGUCCUUUCAGUCCCAAGAGUCCGUGUAGUCCCCUCAGCCCCAGGUCCCCGCGAGGGUCCAGGCCGUGUUCACCAUCUCCGCUGGCAAGCCCGGUGAGAGCGGGUAACCUGGCCUACCUGGCCUCCAGGCGCUCCUCCAGGGACAGCGAGGCGGGGGACCUCGCGCCGCUCAACUACGCCAGGUUCAAGCAGCGACGGAGGUCAAACUUCCUCGAGCUCCCCAAUAAUGAUAUUGAUAUAAUGGAUAAAAUUUCCCACACAAGGAAGAGAUAUAGAAACUCAAGGAAAAUCCGAAUUCGAAACAGCACAAAGAAGCGGAUGGAGGGCUCCUUCCAGGGAGGCCCUCGUUUGCAGAAAUGCUACUAA